UACACCCAAACGAACCUCUACCUCCUCCAUUCAUCCUUCCACCCUGUCACCGGAGAGGCAGGGAACGAGGGAGGAGGCGGAGGAGGAGUGUGGGCAGCCCUGAGAGAGGAGACGGGGGGAGGUUCAGCAACACACGACCAACCUCCCCACUCAAACAGAGCUCCGCCCCCCACCCCCACCAGGAACAAUCUGAACGUUGCCGUUGAUUACCCGUCGCCCCGACAACCGCCGAAACCAUCUUCUACCCCCAACAACCACCCUAACAACCGAACUAAAACCCUCUUCUCCCUCCUCACCCUUCCCCCCUCUCUGCCAGCCUCACCCCCCUACCACCACACCCACCCCGCCCUCCCCCCCCCAACUCUCGUCAUAAGGACUUCCCCCUUCCUCGCACCCUCCUCCUGCCCGCUCCCCUCCCCCUCCUCCACUACACCAUGCAACAGCUCUUCACUCGUUCUCUCUCUCACCUUCAUCCUCUCCACAAAGGGGGCGUUAUGAAUCUGAUGCUUACAUGGAGGGGACCCUUUCCCCCGCCACCUCACCCCCUCCUCUCUUCCUCUCAUCCCUCCUUCCCUCCCUCGCUGUGAUGGAUCGGCUGGAUGGAGGGCUGCAACAUCAUCAUGAGAGGGAUGGAGAUGAGAGGGAGGAAAGGGACGGUGGGAUGGAUUCUGGGAUGUACCUCGGUCCGGGUUCAUCUCAGGAGGGUUUGUCUCCCUGUCAUCUGAAGAAAGCCAAGCUAAUGUUCUUCUAUGCUCGAUACCCCAGCUCUAACACACUCAAGACUUACUUCCCUGAUGUCAAGUUCAACCGCUGCGUCACCUCCAGCUCAUCAAGUUGGUUCAGUAACUUCGUGAUUUCUUCUACAUCAGAUGGAGCGCUUCGCCAGGCAGGCUGCCGCGACGGUGCACCCUGCCUGGGAGAGAUAGCAGAGAGACCCCCUACGCCUGGGCCGGGACACUGAGCUCUAUCGCAUACUAACAUGCAUUAUAACAAGAGCAACGACUACCAGUAAGUGUGAGGGUGUAGGGACAGCUAUCUGUCUGUGUA